AUGGACAGCGACUUACAAGAAGGGUGGUCGGAGGUGGAGCCAACUUCGCAGCAAGGGUUAAAGAGUAGUCUUGAGCAUAUGUCAGUGGAAACUCUAAAGGUGUUAUGCCAGGCAGAAGGCUUAUUGGAGAUUGAGACUAAAAGGGAGUUAGUUGUGAGGUUAGUGGGAAGAGUGGUUAGUAAGGUAAAAGGGAAAGGAAGAGCAAAGGGUAGUAGUCAGGAUAGGGAUAUGUGGGAUGAGAGGUUGAGCUUUGAGUCGAACGACAUAAUUCAGGAUAG